AUGUCGGACUUCAAUAAGAAGGAAAAAAAAAAGACUUUAAAAAGCCACAAACUGCGAAGCGAGUUCAACAAUCUUUAUGUUGUGAAGAGAAUGAAGAAGAAGAUGUCGAGAAGUCAAUGUUUUACUGGAAUGGUGAAACAUUCAAAAACAUUGAAGAAAUUAGCGGAAAAACAUUCAUUGAAUGUCAAAGUGUUGAUCAAUUGCGAUGUUUAG